AUGGCUGCUCGAAAUCAGUGGUCUACAAAUGUUAAUAAUACAGAAUGUGAUACUGAUGAAGAUAUGAAACCAAUAUUGAUGGAUCCUGGUCGUCAUGAUGUUGAUAAUCGUUUUAUAGACAGAUUAACACAUUACGUGCUCAAUUUAGAUAAAGGUGAAUUGAAGGAACGUCGUGCUCUCGAUGAUGAAAUUGCAUUUUUGCGUGAUCUCUGCCGAUGGCAGAGUGAUGAAAUUGAAUAUUUAAAAGAGAACAUUCAUAAAUUACGUAUUCUUACCAAGAAAAUGGAGCAAUUACUCCAUUUAAUUAUACAAUCUUCGUGA